GUAUAUGUGAGAGGAUUUACCUGAAUAACGCACACUUUCAUCGACACUUGAAGGAACCCGAGGGGAUUUUAGAUGCUAGUCAUAUUUUAAACACUUCUCAGAGACACCAGACAAACAUGUCGGGGGGUAUCGGUAUAUAUGCGGUCAAGAAACGGAAGAAGCCCGUUCAGAAAAUACCCAAACCCCCACCACCUGAUGGUGUGAAAUCCAACCCCUCCAAGCGGCACAGAGACCGGCUGAACAGCGAGUUGGACAAGCUGACCAACCUUCUACCCUUCUCAGAAGAUGUCCGUGCACGGCUGGACAAACUGUCUGUGCUCCGACUCAGUGUUGGAUACCUGAAGGUCAAGAGCUUCUUCAGUGGUGAGAUCACAACUUAUAACCCUUAUCCAGUCUUUGUCAAGUUCAUAUUGGUACAUAUUGUUGGGCCAGUGUUAUUUAUGAAUUAUUGCAUUAACUUACCGUAAGCAAGGAAGGGAGGA